CAAAAUUGGAUAAUUGGGCUCGACCAUGUAAAUAUUCGAAAAUGACCCUCCAAUUAAAGGAUCAAUCAUUCAAUCAGUGUCACAUUAUUUCCCUGAAGUUGAACCUCAAUCUGAAAACGUGCAUGUCACUAGCUACAAUUUAAUACAAACCUUAAUAUAUAUAUCCAUUCACAGAGAGACCAACACCCAACACCAAUCUCAUCGAUCACAACAAUUUUCUUUUGUGUUUUUCUUGAAAACCAAACAGCAUUGAGACCAGAAAAAUAUUGGAGAUGAAGAUUCGCCAUCCUUACACCGAGAAACUCUGGUACACCGAGAAACCCUGGUUAUUUGGCGUCGCACUGGUGUGUCUGAUCGGCGGCGUCAUGCUCAUUUCCACCUUUAUCCGAACCACCGACAACUCCUUGCUCUGUAAUCUCGGCAUCGGCUCCAAAACCACCGACUACUACUCGUCCACGCCGAUCCAACUCAACGCAGUCCUCCACUACGCCACGUCACACCGGGUCCCACAACAAUCCCUCGCCGAGAUCAGAGUCUCCUUCAAUGUCCUCAAAUCUCUCUCCCCCUGCAACUUCCUCGUCUUCGGCCUCGGCCACGACUCCCUCAUGUGGACCGCCUUCAAUCCACGUGGCACCACCCUAUUCCUCGAGGAGGACCCCAGGUGGGUCCAGAACGUCCUCAAGGAAUCGCCGGACCUCAGGGUCCACACCGUCCGGUACCGGACCAAACUCAAAGAGGCCGAUGCUCUGAUCUCACUGUACCGGACCGAACCGGAGUGUUCGCCGUCAAACGCGUACCUACGUGGCAACAAGAGGUGCAAGUUGGCGUUGCAUGAUUUGGCUGAUGAGGUGUACGACACGGAGUGGGACCUGAUCAUGAUUGAUGCCCCGCGAGGGUACUUUAACGAGGCUCCGGGUCGGAUGGGUGCGAUAUUCUCGGCGGCAGUUAUGGCUAGGAACAGGAAGGGAUCGGGUGUGACGCAUGUGUUCCUGCACGAUAAUGAUCGGAGGGUGGAGAAGAGCUACGCAUCGGAGUUCUUGUGUAGGAAGUAUCUGGUGAAGACUGUUGGUAGGCUCUGGCACUUUGAGAUACCGCCAGCUAACGUGAGCGACUCUCGUUCUUCUUUUUGCUAGAAUGAGCGGCCGUUGGUGUUUUUUCAAGCUGAGUUUCUGUUACCGCAUGAUGCAUUAUUGUUUAUUUAUUUUUUGUUUUUUUUUUUUUUUAAAUAUAUAUAUUUGGAACAUUUAUACAUUUUGUUGUAUUUUCAAAUAUUUUUCUUAGGGGAUUGUAGAAUUUGUCACAGGAAAUUUAUGUGAGACUAAUGAUUGAGAGUUCCAUUGUUACAAGGAUUAGUAUGAGACUGUAAGUCGUGGGUAACAUUGUAAUUUGAUGGAUUCACACCUUCACAAAAAUAUAUAUAUUGUAGGUCCAUCUUA